UACCCGAAUAUUUAACGGUAAAGCAUUGAAUAUGCAAAGAAUGUGUCACAGUUCAUAAACUGAUACCUCUGUCAUACUGAACUCAUUAUUUGACUUGGUCAAGAGGUGUUAAAAAUGAUAAAUGCUUUCGAACCAAGGUGUAAAGAAAGCUACCGAUCAUCCGUUAGUUUUGGUCUGGACGUCUUAAUAACAGCAUUGUCUUGUGAACGGUGUUCAAAAAUGUCUUGGUAUAAGUGUUACAGUUUCGCCAUGUUUUUGGUGAUCACCAACCUCAGUAGAACUACCGGAUACCGAACGAAAUCAUUUGAUUGCGGUCCAUAUGGUUUCAUUUGCGAACCGAACAAUAAAAUUAGAAUUUGCGAAGGCGAAAAUAUAAUGGGCCCGUCAUUCCUCUGCCCACCAAAUACAAUCUGUAACGAAGAUUCGGAUGCUGUUUGUGAAAGUACAGUCAAUUACAUCGACUCUGUAUUCACAAGAGCCAUACGCUGCCAUCGGCAUGAAAGGAUAGCGGAUCCCAACGUUCCAAACUGCAAGGGAUAUAUACUUUGCAUUCCUAAUAAGAAUCGCUUCCAAGGAAUUAAGUUUACAUGUUCCGGCAACACUAUAUUUAACGGGUACACGCGGACAUGUUCUUCACCAGAAAAAUAUAAGUGCCCGUUGGUAAACACUACCAAAACAAACUUAGAACUUUUCAGUGGAAAUCGUAGGAUAGAUACGAACAGAGGAAACCAAAGAUUAUCGGACUCUCACAAGCCUUCACACAAGCCACGGCCAAUAGAUUGCAAAAAUUACAAAUUCUCGGUAACCCAAGACAACACUCCCGCCCGGGCGACAUACUUUUGCCCCUCGAGGCCUGCAAACGGCGAAAGAACAAUACAUUGCACAAUAUUUUCCAAUCAAUUCUGCAUUACGCUGGAAAAGGAUGAAGAAGAUCAGUUCAUACAAGAAAAUGGUGCGGCGUAUCGAAAACCACGAAUGUGAAGUACGUUUCAAAUUAAACAUUAGUAUUUUACAGUG